GCACAAAACCACCUGCCCCAUCCAGACCAUUCACUUAAGAUUAACACUUACCCGGACUAUCAGCAUCGGAGAUAAAAUGGGCAAGAAAUCCAAACUGAAACUGUCAAAUGGCAAGAAGGAGGAAAAUGGAGAUGUAAGCAGUGAGAAAAAUGGAAAGGAAGAGGAGAAAGAAAAGAUGGAGAUGGUGGGACCAUUAAAGAUAUUUCGUUAUGCAGAUGGUGUCGAUAUUUUUCUGAUGCUGCUUGGCACAGUCAUGUCCAUGGCCAAUGGGGCAGUACUUCCUCUCAUGGUUAUUGUAUUUGGAGACAUGACAAACAGCUUUGUGGACGAUACAAUAUUAGAGAAUUUAAAGAACACCACCCUUCCACCUGACUUCACCCUCCCACAGACCAGUAAUGAGACUUUGGGGGAGCAGAUGACAAGGCAUGCUAUAUACUACAGCAUCAUGGGAUUUGUAGUCUUGGUGGCGGCAUAUAUGCAGGUGGCCUUUUGGACUCUUGCAGCAGGACGUCAGGUGAAGAGACUUAGAAAGAAGUUCUUCCACUCUAUCAUGAAACAAGAGAUUGGCUGGUUUGAUGUCAAUGAGACAGGACAGCUCAACACACGCCUCACAGAUGAUGUUUACAAAAUAAAUGAAGGCAUUGGAGAUAAGCUUGGCAUGCUGCUUCAGAAUCUCACCACCUUUUUCGUUGGCAUCAUCAUUGGCUUUGUCAAAGGCUGGAAAUUGACCCUAGUCAUCCUCGCUGUUAGCCCUUUACUCGGGAUUUCAGCCGCUAUCAUCGCGAAGGUGAUGACAUCAUUCACGUCGAAGGAGCAGACGGCCUAUGCCAAGGCUGGAGCAGUGGCUGAGGAAGUGCUGUCGGCCAUCAGAACUGUCUUUGCCUUUGGUGGACAGAAGAAAGAGAUACUGAGGUAUCACAAAAACUUAGAGGAUGCCAAGAACGUUGGCAUAAGGAAGGCCAUCACUGUGAACAUUGCUAUGGGCUUCACAUUCUUCAUGAUCUAUAUGUCCUAUGCAUUGGCCUUUUGGUAUGGCAGCACUCUUAUCCUGGCUAGAGAGUAUGAUGUCGGUAUACUUUUAACGGUUUUCUUCUCCGUCCUAAUUGGAGCUUUCGGCAUCGGUCAAACGUCUCCUAACAUCCAGUCCUUCUCUAGUGCAAGAGGGGCCGCCCACAAAGUUUUCCAGAUUAUUGAUCAUGAACCCAACAUUAACAGUUUCUCGGAGGAAGGUUACAAACUUGAUGUUGUAAAAGGAAACAUAGAGUUCAAAAACGUUCACUUCAAAUAUCCGUCACGACAGGAUGUUAAAGUCCUGAAUGGAAUGAAUCUUAAAGUCAUGAGUGGACAGACCAUUGCUUUGGUGGGCAGCAGUGGGUGUGGGAAAAGCACAACAGUCCAGCUGCUACAACGCUUCUAUGACCCACAAGAAGGAACGGUGACUAUUGACGGUCAUGAUAUUCGCUCUCUGAAUGUUCGAAGUCUGAGAGAACUGAUUGGGGUAGUCAGUCAGGAGCCAGUGCUGUUUGCCACCACCAUCUCAGAAAACAUCCGCUAUGGUCGCCAAGAUGUCACCCAAGAGGAGAUUGAGCAGGCUGCACGCGAAGCCAAUGCCUACGACUUCAUCAUGAAGCUCCCUGAUAAAUUUGAGACGCUGGUUGGAGACAGGGGCACCCAGAUGAGUGGUGGACAAAAGCAGCGUAUUGCUAUUGCAAGAGCACUUGUGCGCAAUCCAAAAAUCCUCCUUCUUGAUGAGGCUACGUCUGCUCUGGAUGCCGAGAGUGAGACCAUCGUGCAAGCAGCGUUAGAUAAGGUGAGGCUGGGCAGAACCACCAUUAUAGUGGCUCACCGGCUGUCCACUAUUCGGAACGCUGAUGUCAUCGCUGGAUUCCAGAAUGGUGAAAUAGCAGAACUGGGCACACAUGAGGAACUGAUGGAGAGAAAGGGAAUCUACCAUACUCUUGUUACUAUGCAGAUGUUUAAGAGCACAGAGGACACAGAGGAGGACAAAGAAGAGAUGACUAUGGAUGAGAAGAGUCCUUCAGUCACCUCUCUAAAUGAUCACACACUCUUCAGACAGAAAUCCAGAAGUGGCUCAGAAAAAGAUCAGCAGGAUGAAGAGAAACAGAUAGAGGAAGAAAAGGUUCCAAACAUCUCCUUCCUGACGGUCCUGAAACUGAAUAAACCGGAAUGGCCGUACAUGGUGGUUGGAGUUUUAUGUGCCACCAUCAACGGAGGCAUGCAGCCCGCAUUUGCUGUUAUUUUCUCUAAAAUCAUUGCUGUGUUUGCUGAGAUAGAUCAGAAUGUUGUAAGGCAGAGGUCUGAACUCUACUCUCUGCUGUUUGCUGCCAUUGGGGUUGUGUCCUUUUUCACUCUGUUCUUACAGGGUUACACUUUUGGGAAAGCUGGUGAGAUUCUGACCAUGCGACUAAGGUUUAAAGCUUUCAAUGCCAUGAUGAGACAGGACCUGAGCUGGUAUGAUGACACUAAGAACAGUGUGGGUGCGCUGACCACCAGGCUGGCUGCAGAUACAGCUCAAGUGCAGGGCGCAACUGGAGUGAGAAUGGCAACACUGGCACAGAAUGUGGCCAACCUGGGCACCGCCAUUAUCAUCUCAUUUGUGUACGGCUGGCAGUUGACCCUCCUCAUUCUCUCCAUUGUGCCAAUCAUGGCUGUGGCUGGAGCCAUCCAGAUGAAGUUACUGGCAGGACAUGCUCUAAAAGACAAGAAAGAGCUUGAGCAUGCUGGGAAGAUUGCAACAGAAGCCAUUGAAAAUAUCCGCACUGUGGUUUCGUUGACCAGGGAAAGCAAGUUUGAGAGUCUGUAUGAGGAGAACUUAGUUGUGCCCUACAAAAACGCUAAGAAAAAAGCACAUGUUUUCGGCCUGACGUUCUCUUUCUCUCAAGCGAUGAUCUAUUUUGCCUAUGCUGGCUGUUUCAAGUUCGGCUCUUGGCUCAUUGAACAGAAGCUGAUGACCUUCGAGGGCGUCUUCCUUGUGAUCUCAGCUGUUGUGUAUGGAGCAAUGGCUGUUGGAGAGGCAAACUCCUUCACUCCAAACUACGCCAAGGCCAAGAUGUCUGCUUCUCAUGUACUGAUGCUCAUCAACAGAGUCCCAGCCAUUGACAACGCCUCAGAGAAUGGAGACAAGCCGGAUAAAUUUGAAGGGAAUGUGGGUUUUGAAGAUGUGCGUUUUAACUACCCGGCCCGGCCGGAUGUACCAGUGCUACAGGGGCUCAGGCUCCGGGUGAAGAAGGGGCAAACUCUCGCCCUGGUGGGCAGCAGUGGCUGUGGCAAGAGCACCACCAUCCAGCUACUGGAGAGAUUUUAUGACCCUCAGCAAGGCAAAGUGAUGCUGGAUGAAAAUGACACCAAGAAGCUGAACAUCCACUGGCUGCGCUCUCAAAUUGGCAUUGUUUCCCAGGAGCCUGUGCUGUUUGACUGCAGCCUGGCAGAGAACAUCGCAUACGGAGACAACAACAGAAAAGUCAGCCACGAGGAGAUUGAACAAGCCGCUAAGGCUGCUAACAUACACUCCUUCAUAGAGGGGCUACCACAGAAAUACCAAACGCAGGCAGGUGACAAGGGUACACAGCUGUCAGGAGGGCAGAAGCAGCGUAUUGCUAUAGCGAGGGCCAUCCUCCGCAACCCCAAAGUCUUGCUGUUGGACGAAGCCACAUCUGCUCUGGACACUGAGAGUGAGAAGAUAGUGCAGGAUGCUCUGGAUAAGGCGCGUGAGGGUCGCACAUGCAUCAUUGUAGCCCACCGGCUGUCCACCAUCCAGAACGCAGACCGUAUAGCUGUGAUUCAAAAUGGGGUUGUGGUGGAGCAGGGGACACAUCAUCAGCUCCUCCACCAGAAGGGGGCGUACUACACCCUCGUCACCUCUCAGAUGGGUCACUGAUGGGCAAGAGCAGAGCAGCAGUGUACAUGCAGCUGGAGCCGAAAAGGCAGAUUCUAGAAAACAUUCCUUAUAACCGCUCUCCUGUGGUUGCAGGCCUGUAUUUGAUUUGUUAGGUUCAUCUAAGUGGCAUUUCAAUCUACCGUACUACAGGAAGCCAGGAAAAUAAUAAGGAUGUGGUUUUGUGUAACUGUCAGUGCCUUGUCAUGUUGUACUUUUCGGGUUUUAGGCCAUAACAUUUAUCCAACUCAGCACUUUCUUGUUGCUGAUUUAAUUGUAUUAAACAAAAAAAAAAUUUGUAUUAACCCUACCAAGCACUACCAUCCUCUCAUUUACUGGUCACACACUGUACGCACAGUUUAUGCAACAAAAACUGUUGAGGGCAGAACAUUAAAAACUUGAUUGUUUUUACAAAA